AUGAGCCCCGAGCUGCCUGCCCUCCACCUGUUUACCACGCUUGUUACAAGGCUUCCUCUACAGGCCGCCCGCUGCUUCAGCCUCUACAGGCCGCCCGCUGCUUCAGCCUCUACAGGCCGCCCGCAGCAUCAGCCUCUACAGGCCGCCCGCUGCUUCAGCCUCUACAGGCCGCCCGCUGCUUCAGCCUCUACAGGCCGCCCGCUGCUUCAGCCUCUACAGGUCGCCCGCUGCUUCAGCCUCUACAGGCCGCCCGCAGCAUCAGCCUCUACAGGUCGCCCGCUGCUUCAGCCUCUACAGACCGCCCGCAGCAUCAGCCUCUACAGGCCGCCCGCAGCAUCAGCCUCUACAGGCCGCCCGCAGCAUCAGCCUCUACAGGCCGCCUGCAGCAUCAGCCUCUACAGGCCGCCCGCAGCAUCAGCCUCUACAGGCCGCCCGCUGCUUCAGCCUCUACAGGCCGCCCGCUGCUUCAGCCUCUACAGGCCGCCCGCUGCUUCAGCCUCUACAGGCCGCCCGCUGCUUCAGCCUCUACAGGCCGCCCGCUGCUUCAGCCUCUACAGGCCGCCCGCUGCUUCAGCCUCUACAGGCCGCCCGCUGCUUCAGCCUCUACAGGCCGCCCGCUGUUUCAGCCUCUACAGGUCGCCCGCUGCUUCAGCCUCUACAGGCCGCCCGCUGCUUCAGCCUCUACAGGCCGCCCGCUGCUUCAGCCUCUACAGGCCGCCCGCUGCUUCAGCCUCUACAGGCCGCCCGCAGCAUCAGCCUCUACAGGUCGCCUGCAGCAUCAGCCUCUACAGGUCGCCCGCUGCUUCAGCCUCUACAGGCCGCCCGCAGCAUCAGCCUCUACAGGCCGCCCGCAGCUUCAGCCUCUACAGGCCGCCCGCUGCUUCAGCCUCUACAGGUCGCCCGCUGCUUCAGCCUCUACAGGCCGCCCGCUGCUUCAGCCUCUACAGGUCGCCUGCUGCAUCAGCCUCUACAGGUCGCCCGCUGCUUCAGCCUCUACAGGCCGCCCGCUGCUUCAGCCUCUACAGGCCGCCCGCAGCAUCAGCCUCUACAGGCCGCCCGCAGCAUCAGCCUCUACAGGCCGCCCGCAGCAUCAGCCUCUACAGGUCGCCCGCUGCUUCAGCCUCUACAGGCCGCCCGCAGCAUCAGCCUCUACAGGUCCCCCCUCUACAGGCCGCCCAAGAGGACGCCCGCAGCAUUAGCCUCUACAGGUCGCCCGCAGCAUCAGCCUACUACAGCAGCAUCAGCCUCUACAGGACGCCCGCAGCAUCAGCCUCUACAGGUCGCCCGCAGCAUCAGCCUCUACAGACCGCCCGCAGCAUCAGCCUCUACAGGCCGCCCGCAGCAUCAGCCUCUACAGACCGCCCGCAGCAUCAGCCUCUACAGGCCGCCCGCAGCAUCAGCCUCUACAGGCCGCCCAAGAGAGGAGGCCAAGAUGGCAACAUGGCGGCUGACCGGAGUUGA